AUGGAUUUUGUUAACGAUUUGAAGAAAUCUGGACUGUAUGUCAUUGGACAUGUAAGGAAAGGUGACUUCGAUUGCAGGGAAGCUGUAGAUCCACUCCAACAGGUGUUUCCGUAUUGGCUGUCACUGGUUGACUACCUGAAAUUGAAAGCUUUUGUGGAGCUCACGUUAUCGACCAGCAUCCGCCAGGGAAUACAGCAGCUAAUGCGUUUGUCCGGCCUUGGUGCAAUGAAGCCAAAUACUGUUGUACUAGGUUUCCAUGAAGCCACACCAGUCGACGUAACUCUACAGGAAUCACAGCUACUCAAGGAUUUACGAUACUCAAAAAUUGACAGAGCCGCUGUUGUUGAAUACUUCACUGCUGGAGAUUAUAUGCCUAAGGUAAGACUUUUUUUUUUGCUGGGAGUGUAAGU